AUGCAUACGAUCAUCCUUCAUACAGACCAGAGGCCCUCCAGAGUCACCCUACGGAGAAGCAGCAGGCUGAACCAUCCCAACGUAGUGGCUGCCCGUGAUGUCCCCGAAGGGAUGCAGAAGCUUGCACCUAAUGACUUGCCGUUGCUGGCCAUGGAGUACUGCCAAGGUGGAGACCUCCGCAAGUACCUGAAUCAGCUGGAGAAUUGCUGUGGCUUGCGGGAAGAAGCUAUUCUCAUCUUGUUAUCUGAUAUUGCUUCUGCUCUCAGGUACCUUCAUGAGAACAGGAUCAUCCACAGAGACUUGAAGCCAGAGAACAUUGUGCUGCAGCAAGGAGAGCAAAGGUUAAUACACAAAAUCAUUGACCUCGGUUAUGCGAAGGAGCUGGAUCAGGGCAGCCUAUGCACAUCCUUUGUUGGGACUCUGCAGUACUUGGCGCCAGAGCUGCUGGAACAGCAGAAGUAUACGGUGACGGUGGAUUACUGGAGCUUUGGCACACUGGCCUUUGAGUGCAUCACAGGCUUCCGACCAUUCCUACCCAACUGGCAGCCAGUGCAAUGGCAUACAAAAGUGCGACAGAAGAGCGAGCUGGAUAUUGUCGUUUCAGAAGACUUAUCUGGAGAAGUCAAAUUUUCUAGCAGUUUACCCUGCCCGAACAAUCUAAACAGUGUUUUGGCUGCGAGGCUGGAGAAAUGGCUGCAACUCAUGUUAAUGUGGCACCCACGUCAGAGAGGUACAGAUCCUACCUAUGGACCCAAUGGGUGUUUCAAAGCUUUGGAUGACAUUUUGAACUUGAAGUUGCUUCAUGUUUUGAACAUGGUCACGGGAACUGUACACACCUACGCUGUGACAGAGGAGGAGACUCUGCAGACCGUGAAGGCCAGGAUCCAGUCAGAUACGGGAAUCCCAGAACAGGACCAGGAGCUACUGCAGGAGGCUGGACUUGAAUUGUUUUCGCAGAAGCUGGCCACUAAACACAUAGCUGAUAGCAAGGUGAAUGAUACUGCAGCUGCAGACACAGACCUCCUCUUCCUCUUCGAUAACCAGAAGGUUGCCUAUGAGGCUCAGGUUGCCUUGCGUCCUCAUCCGGAAAGCGUUGACUGCAUCCUUCAGGAUCCGAAGAAGAAUCUCCACUUUUUCCAGUUGCGGAAAGUGUGGGGUCAGAUCUGGCACACAAUCCGGAUGCUGAAAGAGGACUGCAACCGGCUUCAGCAGGGGCAGCGAGCAGCUAUGAUGAACCUGUUGCGUUACAACAGUACCCUCUCGAAGAUGAAGAAUUCGAUGGCCUCCCUUUCCCAGCAGCUGAAAGCGAAGCUGGACUUCUUUAAAACAAGCAUCCAAAUCGAUCUGGAGAAGUAUAAAGAGCAGAUUGAAUUUGGAAUCACUUCUGAGAAGCUGCUGUUUGCCUGGAAGGAGAUGGAGCAAGCUGUGGAACUUUGUGGGCGGGAGGAUGAUGUGGAUCAGCUAGUGAAGAGGAUGAUGGCCCUGCAGACCGACAUCGUGGACCUGCAGAGAAGCCCACUAGGUCGUAAACAAGGAGGAACACUGGAGGAUUUAGAAGAACAAGCCAGAGAGCUGUACCGGAGACUGAGAGAGAAGCCAAGAGAUCAGAGGACAAGCGGUGACAGCCAAGAAAUAGUACGACUGCUCCUACAGGCGAUCCAGACCUUUGAAAAAAAAGUCCGGGUCAUUUAUGCUCAGCUCAGUAAAACUGUAGUUUGCAAGCAGAAGGCACUGGAAUUGUUCCCCAGAGUGGAGAAAGUGAUGAACCUGAUGAAUGAAGAUGAGGAAACAGUUGUUAGGCUUCAGGAGAAACGACAGAAAGAACUGUGGAACUUGCUGAAAAUUGCUUGUAGUAAAGUACGCGGUCCUGUUACUGGCAGUCCAGAGAGCAUGAGCACGUUGCGCCUCGGCAGCCCUGGGCAGCUGCUGCUGCAGGUCCCUUCUGGAACUUACAAUUUGUCAGAAUCGGUCAGGAAAAGUGAGGAGCUGCUGCUGGAAUCGCAGAAACUCUGUAGCCAACUAGAAAAUGUGAUGCACGACACGAUGAAGGAUCAGGAGCAGAGCUUCAUGGCUCUAGAUUGGAGCUGGCUGCAGCUUCAGGUAGAAGAAACAAACGGUCCAGAACAAACCCAGAUGUAAAAUCGCUUCGGUUGCCUCUGAAGACGUGCUGCUUCAGGAAGCCAACUGUGAAAGCUGCUGCCUCUCCGAAGGGAAGUUCCAGUGCCUCCUUCUCCUGUCACCU